AUGAUGCGUUUGUUGUACCUCGUCAUUUGGAUAUUGGCGUCUGAAUACAAAGCGAUGGGUUUGGAGUGGUGUUACCAUUGCAUCUAUACGACGGAAACUAUGGCAAAUGAUCGAGACUACGCAUGCGUGACAUCUCCAUGGAGAAUGGGUCAAGCGUCGUCCCAGAUCCCCUGUAUCUUCAGCAAAUACUGUUCUACGUUCCGUCAAGUGGAAAAAUCGACAGGGCGAAUAGUGUCUUUCUCUAGAAACUGUGACAACAAUUGGCGUGGCAACAACUGUAUCCAUGACAACCAAUAUGUUACGUGUUUUACGUCAUGCACCACCGACUAUUGCAACGACGGUAAUGGAAUUCCAUCUAAGGAAGCACGCCAAAGAAAACAAUCAAUCAUAAUUAGAGAGCAAACUACCCUUAAACCUACUUUGAUUAACAGGUUUAUGAAAUUCAAACCUAGCAAAGAAACCACAAAGCCUGAACAAUCAAGAAGAGAAAAUAUGAAUAAGAGUACUAAUGUGAGUGAUUUAUCAAAUAAAUCGAAGGUUACUAGGCCAAGCUUGGAAGGGGAAGUAUCAAGACAACGCGUAACUAAAAAUCAUUUUGGAUUUAGGUCCAUGAACAGACUUCCAGUUGCCCCUCAAAUCCCCAAAUCCUUGUAUCCUUUCCGCAAUCGAAACUUCAACAAAACGAAAGAUGGAGCUGUUAGUCAGAAAAAAGCAACCUCGCCAAAGUUAGUUACCCCUGGGAGUAAACACGUGACUCCAAAAGAAAAAACUAGAGACACGCUAAAUAGACCUUUAUAUCUGAGCCCAACCACUCCAGUUGUAAGACAAACUCAGGAUAAACGGGGAAAUAACAUUGUUCUUGAUGGUAAAAGGAAUGGUAGAGGAGUUUUCUUCAGCAUAGACUUUCCAAUAGUUGAAGGAGUGAAUUGGUGCUACCAUUGUAUCUACACAGCCGAAGCCAACGUGCCGAACCUUGAUCCAACCUGCAUCUACAAACCACAGAGAGUUGCAUAUAGCAAAUACCCGUGCAAUGUCAAAUACUGCACGACAUACAAGAGGACAAAUAUCGAAACUGGGGAACUAGCUUCUUUUUCUCGUCAGUGUGAGGAGCACUCUAGAGGGAACGCCUGCAGCAGAGAUGGCGAAUACGAGGCAUGCUUCACGGCGUGUACUGAGGACGGUUGCAACACCGGUGAUGGACUCCCAGAAGAUUUUGACUUCACCACGGAUCCCCCAAAGGCUAAGGGUAAAGGUAAAGGAAGACGACUUAAACCUGGCAUGAAAAGAAGAUUUCAGCCUAAAGUUCGUCUCAAUAAGAAGGGCCAUUGCGAUACAGAACGUUGUCGUUUCUCUGAUAGGAACUUGUCUACCAAAAACCCUGGGAACGCAACACUUAACUCAAAGACGCAAUUCGUAAAACUCGGAAAAUCAGGGAAGAAAAAGAUGACGAAUGCAAAUACGGAUGAGAAUGAAACUAUGGACAAACCAAGCAAAGACGACACAUCCUAUAUAAGGAGACGAAACAAUAAUAUAAAAGGGGAAACUUCGAGGAGAAAUUCUGCAUCUCAAAUUAAAAUGAGUUUUCCAAUAAUUGUUACAUUUUCUUUGUAUAUUUUCUUUUCUCGUCUAUAAUUGUUAUUAUGAUCAAUUUUAGUGCUGUAAUAUUUAAUCAAAAGUAGUAAUAAAUUUUAAAACGUC